AUGGUCUUUAUCCCAGUACACAUCUCCAGCAUGAAGAAGGCAAUCUUCAACAGUUUCAAUAACAAUAUCACUGGUGGGUUGAUGCCUAACAUGCUUAACAGUAGUGCUGCAUUUAAUAAUAAAGUCUACCUCAAAGGUCACACCAAGGUUGCAUUUCCAUUUUAUGACUUGCCUCACUACUCCACUGUGAAGAUGAUUCAGGAAUGGGAUGACAUGAGAUCAAUGAAGACUAAUUGCCUCAUCAUGUUGGUGACAUGGCAUCUUGAGUCCAAUGAUCAUGGAGUAUUCCAGAAUUUUGAUCAACAGCUGCACAUAGAGCAAGUCAAUGUGCCACCUGUCAAUGAGAUCCUUGUGCAUAUGGAGUUCCCAAUGAUGGCCCCCCUCCUGGUAUCAGUCCUCAAAUUGCACAACAUUGAGCUGCUGAUGUUCAAUGGUGGACAUACUGUGGAUGAGUGGAAUGUGAUUAUCAAAAAGUUCAACACCAACCCAUCAGCCUGGGAUUUUUUAUUCUUGACUGUUGGCACUGUCAGUCUCAAUCUCAUGGUCACAAGCAUUGCCAUUCUCUUUUUGCAAAUGCUGGCCAAUCAAAUUAUUGAAUACAUGUGGUGCCUGGGACAAGAGGAAACCACCAUCAUGUACAACAUGGUUGUUCUUGGCACAGUGAAUGUGCUAAUAAUCAAUAACAGUGAGGGCAAGGGUGAGAUGGUCAUCAACAACCCUAAUGAUGAUGUCAUCAUAGAGGACCAAGGAGCACAGGGUUGCACCCACCAAGGGCAAGGCAAUGAACAAGGCAAAGGCAAAGUGCAAACCUUGGGCAAAGGCCAAGUUCUCAGGGAUUAA